UAUUCGGUGCAUGAAUCUGUCUCUCUCUCCUCCCGCUAUAAAAAUCCCCUCCAAACGUGCCUUUACCAUUUUCAAGUUUCAACUCACUCUCUCUCUCUCUCCCGAAUCAAAACUCAAAACCCACCUCACAAAAAAAAAACCCAAAAUCGUACUGCCAUGAACGGCCAGGAUUACACGGCGGUUUGCUUUCCGGCGAGUUUUUCUGGGGAAUUCCCGGUGUAUCGCCGGAGUUCAAGCUUCAGCAGCCUCAUUCCAUGCUUAACGGAGACAUGGGGUGACUUGCCGUUAAAGGUGGACGACUCUGAAGACAUGGUCAUUUACGGGUUUUUGCGUGACGCCGUUAGUAUUGGCUGGACGCCGUCCAAUUUAACGGUGACGGACGUUAAACCAGAGCCAAUAUAUGACAUGGAGCCACCUACGGCUACGGCGAGGACCCAAUUGGUGGCACCGCCGUUGAAGGCGGAGCCGGAGGUGGUGCGACCUAAGGGGAAGCAUUUUAGGGGAGUGAGGCAACGGCCGUGGGGAAAAUUCGCGGCCGAGAUUAGGGAUCCGGCUAAGAACGGCGCGAGGGUUUGGCUUGGGACUUACGAGACUGCUGAGGAAGCCGCAUUGGCUUAUGAUAGAGCGGCUUACAGGAUGCGUGGCUCGAGGGCAUUGUUGAAUUUCCCUCACCGAAUCGGCUCCAACGAGCCUGAGCCGGUGAGGAUAACGGCUAAGAGGAGGUCGCCGGAGCCGUCUGUGUCGGGUUCUUCGGCUUCGGAGAGUGGCUCGCCGAAAAGGAGGAGGAAGGGGUUAGCGGCUGAGCAAGCCGAGUUGGAAAUGGAGAGCCAAUCAAGUGUUUUACAAGUUGGGUGCCAAAUGGGACAAUUGCCAGUUGGCGAGCGGCUGUUGGUUAGUUAGGUUUUUUUUUGUUUGGCUGGUGAGUUUUGUGUGGUAGAAUUGGGCUUAGAUAUAGGUCUUGUUUGGUAAUUGGUAUUGUGUAAUUUUAAUACAAAGUUAAGGUCCAAAAAGGGAAAGAAAAUUUGAAUGCAAAGUAGUAAAUGUGUUUUUUUUCAGGCAAA